AUGCCUCUGUCUACGGCCGCGGAAGGAGGACACAUAGGUGCGGUUAAGCUGCUGCUUAUGGUUAAGCUCCUACUUGCGAGUGGCGCUGAAGUAGACUUAAUAGACAAUGAUGGUCGCACGCCCCUGUCUAGGGCCGUAGCAAAUGACUAUAAGGCAGUGGUUAAGCUCCUGCAACGAGGUGCUUGA